GCUGUCUGUUGGGUUCUUUCGAAAAUCUGUACUGAGAGAGAGAAAAAAAGGUUAAUGAAGAGGAACUUUGCAUGAAAAGCGUAAAGAUUACAGGCAUGAAGUUCCUGUCAGUCCACGCUGAUAAAAGAUCAAUAUCUAUAGUCAUUUUAUUCCAUGUUAUUUUGAUUGGACAAUGGUCAAUAAUGAUUAUGUAAGCAGUUAGUUUCAUGGGUGAAUAAUGGAAAAAGGCCUAGGGGAAAAAAUGGCUCCAUUGGUAGGCCUACUGGUACUUUAUGGUAUCUGAAAUUGUUUUCUCUUCUACAACAGUUGGAUUAAAAUGUAUUCAAUAGAACAUGAAAGCAAGAAAAGACCCCUUAUUUGACAUAGCCUUGACAGGCUUUUGACAUCACCUCUAUUAUAUUAGCAGGUACUUGCAUUACAAUAUUACAAAAUUGUAGAAUGAUAAGCAUGAUUGUAUCCACGCAGAAAUCAGCAUGAGAGAAAACAAGGCAGAAACCACGUCACUUUCUUCAGCUCUUACGUCACACCUCUCUCAUGUUGUUGAGUCUCAGCAGUAGGUUAUUCUUUCCCCAGGCGGAAAGACUGCUAAAUACUGUACUUCAGGAUACGCACUGAACACUCUAGAACGGAAAUUUAUAGUGCACCCAAAAGGGCUGCAUAACUUUUUUCUUUUCUUUGUGAAUGAGCUAUUCUUGGCAGGUGAGGCGAGGUCGUACCCGGUAAUUUCCACAGAAACAUAAUUUAGUGUGUUACAGCUGACCUACACGAGAAAUCUGAUUGGACAAUUCUGAAAAUAACGGUUCUGUUAUCAUUCAAAAGAUCAGAGGCACGCGCGCUCACGUUCAACGCCACAUUGCUGUUUUUAACUAGUAUAUUGCCUUAGGUUAACUGAAAAGCGACUAUAUUUCACAAUAUGACGUCACUUCGUCUAUGUCAUCACCUGCAUCUCAAAACCACUAUAUGGGAAAGCGGGUAAAGUUAUUUGAAGUCUGCGCCCUCUACAAAAUAUAAUUAAUUAAACUGUUCUCUCGUGAUGACAAGAUGGUAUUUACAUAUUCAUAAUUAAUCUUAUCUGAACCGAAAUCAGAAAUGGAAAGAAAGGUCGUCAGGGAGACCAUAAUGAAAUAUUGUGCCCACUUUACCUUCUUUCGGUCCCUUUACCUCGACAUCUGCUUAUGAAUUACCCAAAGGACGUGGACGUGAUGUUAGUCAGAAUAAAUAGUUCCUACAAUAAUGCAGUAAUCCCAUAAAAACUAUGCAUGUUGGGCAAAGCAGUUCCACCGCAUAAGUGCGAACACAUCACGCGCUCUUUUAUUGGAUAGAAACCGCGCGCGCCAGUUACCAGGGAGCUCCGCAAGCGCAAUCAUGGCGCUUGUUGCUGUGCAGAUUUCAACACAACCGAAAUAAAUAAAAAAAAAACCCAACAAACUAAAGUUAAUAACCAUGUCAAAUAUGACUGAAAGUAACACACACAAAUUAUCCAAACAUUUAAGUUAAACGAGUCUUUGGGGUGAAGGUAAAAAAUAUAGUAAUACGGACAGAGACGAAUAUUUUUCGUUUUUGUCAGCAGUUGGUCAGAUGUAGAGGCUCCCUAACAUUUCGAGCGGCGAAGUUGUUGCUAUGCAAAACUACACAGUUGUAACUGAGUGGCAGAGAGCAGGAUAAAAGCUGUUAAGGUCACAACCGUCACAUCUCUCAGCUUAACUUUCUCAAACGCACACUGGCCAACGACAGAAAACAAAUUGUAUUACAUGGUCAAAAGAGACCACAUGAAGUCACAAUUAAGUGACAGUAUUUUGGCGUGUUAAUAUAUCCGCUUUCCAGUCAUAGUGGUUUAAGUUGUUCUCUUAAAGGUAUAUUCUGGGUUCAAUACAAGUUAAGCUCAAUCGACAGCGUUUGUUACAUCAUGUUCAUUACGCCAAAAAUAAUUUUGACUCGUCCCUCCUUUUCUUUAAAAAACAUUGAGGUUGCAGUGAGGGACUUACAAUGGAAGUGAAUGGGGUCCAUUUUUGGAGGGGCUCUAAAGUUGUUUAAAUCGUAAUUUUUUACUGUUGUUAUUAGGGUUUGUUGACAUUACAUCAUCAUUGCAACAAAGUUGUAAAAUUGACUUUAACUGUACAAAUAAUAGGUUAGUAAGUGUUUUUAGCACAAUAAAAUCAUGUUAACACAUAUUGUUUUCGUCUUGUGGCUAUAUAUUUAAAAUAGUGAGUAUUUUAAUGUUUAUGAAUUGGCCCCCAUUCACUUCUAUUGUAAGUGCCUCACUGGAACCCAGAUUUUUGCCUGUUUAAAAGAGAAGGAAGGGCAAUUCAAAAUUAUUAUUAUUUAUUUACUUGUUUAUUUUUUGGUAAUUAAUAUUAUGCCACAAAUGCUGUCGAUUGAGCUUAAUUUAUAUUAAGGCCGGAAUAUUCCUUUAAUAGUGCAUCCUGGUCACUAGAUCUCGCUGUUGAGCUUUCUUGAAAAUUAUAGAAAACCUCCCACCACGGAAGACUGUUUCACGUCAUAUCCGGUUCCCUGAACAGACAAUGAAAAUGACCUCCGGUGAAUUGGAGCACAAAUAAUCUCAUAGAGCAAAUAAAUAGCGCAUAACUACACCGUUUGUCUUUUAUGAUAUUAUUGUCAUAGAGACACCAUCAUGGCGGCUUUGUUUUCAUGUUGUUUCGACUGUUGUGGAGACGGUAACAGUGGCCACGUAACACUGAAGGAAAUGCCCACGGUUCAGCUGGACACUCAUCACAUGGGUACUGAUGUUGUCAUUGUAAAGAGUGGAAGACGCAUUUGUGGAACUGGUGGCUGCAUUUCAAAUGCUCCUCUACAUCAAAACAAGAGCUAUUUUGAAUUUAAGAUUCAGUCCACAGGUGUCUGGGGAAUAGGAGUGGCAACUCGGAAAGCAAAUUUAAACCAGGUCCCUUUGGGCAGAGACACGCACAGCCUUGUGCUUAGACAGGAUGGCACUGUGUACCACAACAAUGAAGAAAAGAACCGAUUACCUGCUAACAGCUUACCACAGGAAGGAGACAUUGUGGGUGUUACGUAUGACCAUGUGGAGCUGAAUUUGUACCUGAAUGGGAACAAUAUGAACUGUCCGGCAUCAGGCAUUAGAGGAACUGUAUAUCCUGUAGUUUAUGUGGACGAUAGUGCAAUUCUGGAUUGCCAGUUCAGUGAUUUCUACCAUCCUCCUCCACAAGGCUUCCAGAAGAUUCUUUUUGAGCAGCAGAUCCUUUGAAGUUCAGGACGUGCUGUAUAUACACUAAAGAUGUAGACCCCACGGCCGGGAUUUGAAGUGCUAUGUUUAUGACUGACAUCCACCUAUUGUGUGGCUUUUGUGGCCAAUUGAAAGACUCAUGUGAAAUUUACGAAUACCUUGCUGGCCACUAGCAGUACUCAUUUAAAAAAAGUCAUCUAGUUUUCCAGGUCUGUGCACUUUGAUCUAAAAAUGUUAAAUCAGACAUCAGUUAUUUUUGCUUCAAACACUGUACAUUGUGUGUUUUAUUAAUAGUGUACCAAUGUGAACAAAUAUGCGUUUUUAUGCUUUUUAAUAUUCUUUUUUUAAUUAAUAUUGAAUAAUUGGGCAAAUUACAACUGACUUGAGAUUUAAUGUUUUCUGCUUUUCAGAUGAACAAAGUGUCUAAAACUAAACUGAACUAAAAAUUCUGUCAUAAACUGUCAUUUGUAUUGUCUGUCUGAUGAUGUUGAUGUAUUUAAAAUGCCAAAUGUUUAACUGCACUCCUGCCCACACUCAGAAUACAUGAUAAAGUUUUUGAGGAAAUGCACAUAGAUUUCACUACCUUUCUAUAUUACAUUGCUUGUUAUGUACAGUACAUUACGUCUUAUAUCAAGAUAACAAUGUGUGCACAACAUUCUGUGUGAUUUGAGACAUAUUGAAAUGGAAAGGUUGUUUACCUUAAAUAUUGAAUGUUUUUUUCUUGGGGUUGAAUGAUAAGUGAUCUUAUUUGUGAUAAAAAAAAAAUAUAUAUAAUAAAAAUUUUAAAUUCCAAUAAUAUUGAUAUUAUUUUUGUAUAUGGAUUUUUGACGCAUAACUGUCCAUGGAAUUUUUAAAUCAGCAUCAAUAUUUUAGGAUAAAAUGUAUUUGAAUAUAUAACAGCAAGUGCAUUUCUAUGUUUUUCACCAUUCUGAACAGCUUUGCCUUCACUAGUUAAUUUUCAAUGGUCCUGUGGUGACAAAUUCAUUUUUAAAAGCAAAAAUAUACCAUGUGUCUCUGGUCAUAAAAGCUGCAUGUGUAAAAAAAUUUAAUAAUUAUAAAACAUUUAGCAAAAUGCUGUGGAAAAUACUUAGGGGGAGCAUAGGCCUUUAGCAGGUCACACCACCGAACAUUUUCACAAGUAUAUCAUGUCAACAUUUUCAUGUACUAAUCUAACG